CGGCUCUUCCGGCAACAAAGAGACGGGGCAGCGGCCCGGGAUAAAUACUGCGCCCCGACAGCCGCGCAGCAUUCCCUGAGUCCGACGCGACAAGCGACCCUCCCCAGAGCCUGCGCCCUCUGUGAGUGCAGGGACCCCCGCCCCCCACACACACUCGCGCCCACCCAGGACCCGCAGCUCUCCACACGAGUUCCCCCACACUUGUCCGGGUCGCCGCCUGCGUUCCCCCAGCAUCUUCCCAGCUCGGCGCAUCUCCCGGGUCAGGCAGGCCCAUCAGUCCGUCCAGUCCGUCGGUCACCUCCGCGCUCGGUACCAUGCCGUUCCUCGGGCAGGACUGGCGGUCCCCGGGCCAGAGCUGGGUGAAGACAGCUGACGGCUGGAAGCGCUUCCUGGAUGAGAAAAGCGGCAGCUUCGUGAGCGACCUCAGCAGUUACUGCAACAAAGAGGUAUACAAUAAGGAGAAUCUUUUCAACAGCCUGAACUAUGAUGUUGCAGCCAAGAAGAGAAAGAAAGACAUACUGAACAGCAAAACCAAAACUCAGUAUUUUCAUCAAGAAAAAUGGAUCUAUGUUCACAAAGGAAGUACUAAGGAGCGCCAUGGAUACUGCACUUUGGGGGAAGCUUUCAACAGACUGGACUUCUCAACUGCCAUCUUGGAUUCCAGAAGAUUCAACUACGUAGUAAGGCUGUUGGAGCUGAUAGCAAAGUCACAGCUCACAUCCCUGAGUGGCAUCGCCCAAAAGAACUUCAUGAACAUUUUGGAAAAAGUAGUGCUGAAAGUCCUUGAAGACCAGCAAAACAUAAGGCUCAUAAGGGAACUUCUCCAGACCCUCUAUACAUCCUUGUGCACACUGGUCCAGAGAGUUGGCAAGUCCGUGCUGGUGGGCAACAUUAACAUGUGGGUUUAUCGGAUGGAGACCAUUCUGCACUGGCAGCAGCAGCUGAAUAGCAUCCAGAUCAGCAGGCCUGCCUUCAAAGGCCUCACAUUCACUGACCUGCCUGUGUGCUUGCAACUGAAUAUCAUGCAGAGGCUGAGCGAUGGGCGGGACCUGGUCAGCCUGGGCCAGGCAGCCCCAGACCUGCAUGUGCUCAGUGAGGACCGGCUGCUGUGGAAGAGACUCUGCCAGUACCACUUCUCAGAGCGUCAGAUCCGCAAGCGAUUGAUCUUGUCCGACAAAGGCCAGCUGGAUUGGAAGAGGAUGUACUUUAAGCUUGUACGAUGUUACCCAAGGAGGGAGCAGUAUGGAGACACCCUGCAGCUCUGCAAACACUGCCACAUCCUAUCCUGGAAGGGCACUGACCAUCCAUGCACAGCCAACAACCCAGAGAGCUGCUCCAUCUCACUUUCGCCUCAGGACUUCAUCAAUUUGUUCAAGUUCUGAAUCUGAACACACCAUGAAACUUCACAAGGGCCCUGGCUGACUGGAUGGCUGGGAGUUCGGACACUUCACCUGUAAAUAGUGUACAUUUUAAGCAUUGGCUUGGAACUGCUGGGAUAAGUCACUGAGAAGAUGUUGGUGGAAAGAGAUGCAGUUGCCAAUGGGAAUUUACAAAUGUGAACUUCACGUUAGAACUGGUACAGAAAAGCAAAAAUACUGUAUAUAGACUUUUUUUCCCCCUAACAAUUUACAAGCAAGACUACAAGGGCAAGAACUCUUAUGUCAGCCAUGAAAAUGGAGUCCUCUUGAUGUUCAUGGAAACUUCCUACUUCACUAGGAAGAAAAAGGCAAAACUCAAAUACAGGACAGGACACUCUGUUUACAAUGUGAAAAUGUUGUUAAGACGAAAUAAGGAAGAAGGAGAACAGACGCUGCAAUUGAGAAUUCCCUGGACUUUGGGUUUGGAUUUGAGGGUUUGUUUUAAACAGGGAAAGAAGCCCACUCAUCUGAAACGUGCACGGGCAUGAGUCCUCAUCCUACGAAGAUGCCACACAAUGGUCUACCUCUAAAAGCAUAGAGUGCUCUCUGGCCGCAUACACUAUCUAGCAGGCAAUGUCUGUGUUUCAUGUAAGUGCUUUCAUCUGUAAAGUGAUCUAAGAUGGGAAGGCUAUUAGGAAAAACAAAAACAAACAAACAAAAAACCCUCUAUUGGUUCUGACUUCCUUUUUCCUUUCUCUCCCAGUAACUUUGCCUUUUUUCCUUUUGUAUUGUAGCUCAUGUAGGGAACUAGGAGCUGAAGAACACACCCACCCACCCCUACCUCACCCCCAACCCCCACAGAAGCAUGAAGAGAGAAUUAGACACCUGUGCAAGCCCAACACUUCUGACUUAGCUCUUCCCUCUUCUAGCCUAACUUCUGGGCUUAUCUGGGCUUCCUUGGGUAUCUUCAUGGGUACAUGGAUGUCUGUGAACUUAGUGGAGCCCAAGAACUGGGGCUUGAGAGACACAUUUUUCACACCAGUCAGUUAAACAUCCUUUGAGCUGCUGCUUCCCCUCAGCAGGGCAAUGAGCUGAGGCACUGUCUGUUCUUUAGUCCAGUAUCAAAGUUGAGUCAUCCUGAACUGGGACUUUUCACAAGCUUGAUUUAAAAGAGAGCCUGGAGUUCCAGCCAGAUAGAGAGACGUGUUCAUCUUAAACUUGUUUCAGGACUGGUUAAAACAAAGAGAAUUAGAAGACAAAGGAUUCCAGGGAUUCUGGCAAGGCAGAGAUAUGAGCACUGUGGAAGAAUGGAGAUCUCAGGGCUUAAGGAAUUAAUUCCUGGGGUGGGGAAAAUGUUUUUAUUUUUUACUUUUUACAGAUUAUUGCUUUUAUACAAUGUACAUAUAUUUGCAGUUGUAUUUGCUUUUUUUUUUCAACUCUCCAAAUAAAAUUGCCAUUAUGCAUGCCCUUGGCAAAUAAGCAGAAAUAGGAAUUUGUUCCACAUAAAUGCUAAGGUAUGGGUAUUACCGGAAGCACUGAUACUUGGAGUAGUCCUAGGAGGAGAGGAAAGAUGUCUGAGUGUGCCCAGAGACAAGGGGGGCAGUGACCACCUCUCCUUUCAGGUCAGUACUGUGCUGGCAGAUAGAGUCUGAAGGAUCCCUGAUCUGUCCUAUCUGUGCUUACAUGAGACGUUCUCCAUAUUUCCUUCUUCAGCACCAGCCCCUGAGGGGGAAACUAAAUUGAAUUUAAAGGUUCAUAAUGAGAAAAGGGAAAUGUAAAAGAACAAUAUUUCUUUUAUAUAAAAAGUUGUGAAAGUAUAAAGUUGAACUUUGUAGAGACUACUAACAUAACAGAGUUUUCUGUUUGGCUUUUCUACUCUUCUUCCCAGGAUCAAUUUUACAUUAAGAAUGUAGGGCCUAGACUAUGAAAGGAAGAAAGAAAGAAAGAAAAAACAAAACUCUUCCAUAAUUUUCAGAUCCUCUACAGGAUCUCACCCUUCCUAAAGAUGUGUGACGUAGUUGCCAUUGCCAUGAAAAGCUCUGGAGACAGUGAUUCUGAGUGGUGCUGUUAAGGUUAGGGGGUCAUGGCCACCGUGUUGUUCAGAGAUGGAAUGCUGUUGGGACCUUGGGGUUCAUAAGUCCAGCAGCUUUUCCAGCUUUGGACUGCCAGCGUAGGACUGGUGAGCCAGCCUCACAGGAUAUGACAGCAGGGCGCCAAGUCAUACAUCAUACAUAACCCAAGCAACAGCCUGCCUCUGUGUAAAAUGACCCUUACCCUAAGCAGUGAGGCCACGACUUUUUGAAAUGUUUAAUAUAUGCCUGCAGAUUCUCCAUGACCUUAGUAUCAGUGGGUAUGGUAUGUGACACAACUGAAGAGCGGUUAAGGACGAAAAGGAAGAAAGGAACAUGGAUGGGUCACUUUCAUUGAUUACUAGAAAACGGAAAGGAUGUGCAGGUGAAGAGGGAGUGGGAGAGGAGGAGAAUCUUUGAUGUGGGGAAGGAGGCAAUGGAGAGAGUAGAGCAGGCAAGAUACCCAUAUUAGGUCAUGGCCAGAGACUCGCAUACAAGUACUGAGAGUUAAAAAGAAAAACUCUUGCUCUUAGGACAUUUAAUAGUCUAUAGAAUUAUUCUUGGCAAACCUACCCAGGACUCUCAGACGUAAUGCAUGAAAACUAAGAAUCCCUGACACAGAACUGCGGGUGCAAAAGCAAGAGGGGUGUGACCAUAGCAACUGCCGGAAGAAAUGGAACUGUUUUCUCUCUAUCGUACCUACUGUCCCCUGCUUUGCAUGCUGUAAAGCAGAGCUAGAGUUAUGCCCAUUCUGAAGCGAUUCAGAUACUGAGAAAAGGAAAAAAAGUUCUGUUCAAGCCGUAUUAGCAAACCCAGGGAAAUAGUCACUCAAAACUUUGAAGAGCAAUCAGCCAAGAGUCUCUGAGGAGGAAGGACCAUCCCUUAUAGCAAUAUAUAUAUUGUUGAUAUAUGUAUAUAUCAACUAGACUAUGUCAUUACUCAUGACUUACUCUAAACAGGUGUCUCAGCUGAAUGGCAUAAAGGAACAGAGAUUACAAGGAGGGUAUCUAGUCCAUCAGCUGAGAGAGGCUUUCUGGUUAGUAAUGGUCCAUUUCAGAUGGAAUGACUUAGAGGAGAUACUUUUUAAGGGACAAGGCUUCCACUGCAAAAGCUUUCAGCAGAAGAGCUGUUCUGCCUGUGACCAUGCAGCCAGCUGGUAUGUGGCUCAUCCUUGUGGCGACACAAACCAUUCCCCUUGAGGGCACUUGCUUUUGACACAGGCUCCUUGUUUCUAUUGUUUUAUAUAGAAGAGAAAAGGCCGGGAAUUCGAUUUGUCUAAGCAAUUGGUAUGAUUCACAGAGAGCUAAAUCGUCACAGGGUUAUGUUUUACAGUGUAUGGUUCUCAGCAUCCAACACAAUGUUUAUUAUAAACCAUGCACCUGGUUGUAGAUUUUUCUGCCUGGCUGUAGGGCAGUAACAUCUUGCUAUACAAACACUAAAUUUUAUGUGUGAAUUUUUGACUGUAAUUUUAUGUGUGCAUUUUUUAAACUAAACUAUCAUUUUCUAUGUUGACAUCUGUUGUUGGUUUUUUGUUGUUGGUUUUUUUUUGUUUUGUUUUUCUUAAUCUGUUUCCAACUCUCUGAGUCUGUGAACCAUCUCUUCUGACUAGAUCCUGGCUUCAAAGCUGUUAGUGCUUAAACAGGCUCAGAAACACCCUGAACCUCUGAGGAAAUGCAGGGGUGAUACUCUUUGAUAGAUCAUGGGCCCUCUAUGGCUUUGACAGUAAUUCUUCUAAAUUCUAUAUAUUCUGUAAAUGUUUUCUUCUCGGCUUUGCUAAAACAAAAGAGAGAGAGAGAGAAAGAGAGGGAGAGAGAAAGAGAGAGAGAGAGAGAGAGAAGAAAACCUUUAUGAUUUCCAAAUGAAGGAAACUCCCAUCCCAGACCUUAGACCAACAAGGGUUGUUAAGAGAGGAUGGACAUUUCUGCCUUUUCAAGCUGAGGAAGCUUUUCCAGAAAGGGGGAUGGGGAGGGAGUGCUUCCUUUACACUCCCUGGGAAGUCAGCAAAAGGGCUGAACAGAAACCUGGGACUUCCUGAUACCAGAACUCUGAACACACCUACCACCCAAGCACCUUGUGGGCAUCUGUAGAUUCAUGACAGCCAGUGUGAUUCUUCCCAGAGACCCUCACAGGAGAUGUGGGAGACCAUUCCAUGAUGGGCAUCUGCCACCAAACCUAUUAAGUCUGAAUCUUACUGGAGAAGUUAUGGAGUCUCUUUUCAUUUCUACACCCUCCCAUUCUUGCUGACACAACCUGCCUACUAGGAAGUAACCAGCAUGCCAGGUGUGUGGUGCACACUUGUAAUCUUUACACAGGCAGGAGGACUGGAUUUCUAGCCCUGGCUGCAUAGCAAGGCCUUGCUUCAAAAACAGCAGAAAGCAAACAGCAUGUCUUAGCAAACUCAUUUUUCCCUUGGGUACUUACAUAAUUCCCUUACAAGAAUAGACGCAGGGUCCUGGUGAGAUGGCUCAGUGGGCAAAGUGCCUGCUGUGCAGAAUUCCAUUUCUAGCAUGUAAAAUGUAAAAUCCAGGCGUGAAGUUCAGUGCCUUAAGAAUCAUGUGGUACCCAGGCUCAGUGAGAGACCCUGCCUCAAACUAAAUGUGGACAGGGAUCCAGGAAGAUACCCAACAUCUGCCUGACCUCCAAAUGCAUAUGCUUGUCCACACAAAUCCCCAGGAGCAUACUAGCAUGCACACAUGUCAUGGACACACAAACAACAUGCACACAUGUUCUUGAGCUUGUGCAUCUACACACAAACGACUAGAUAAGUGUUGACCCAGCUCCUGUUAGUACCCAAACAGGUCUUUCUUCUCCCAUGAAAUGGAUAGGUGCAUUUAAGCCAUCCGUCCUCUUUCCUGCUCCUCUCUUACCAGUGCAGCUCAUUCUGUUCAACCUUGAUUGCAACAUGCAGAACUUAUCCCAUAAGGCAAGGGAUGGGGCGAUAGCCAUGAUUUUCGUCUGCUGGGCUUUUUUUCCAAAGUGUCCUUGAAUUCAGUAAGCAAGCUUCUUGAGAAAGCUCUCUAAACUUAGUCCCUCUCCAUUUGGCUGGAAAUGGAGGCUGCAUCCAAACUCCACAUUUCUGGAUGCUCCAUAAGCUUCAGCAUUACUGAGUACAACUCUGUCUUUGAGUAUAGACACAUUUGUUCACUCUGCACAAGACUGUCUAACAGAUGGCUCCAAGCCUUGCCUCCAUGCUUGGGAGCCUUUGGUACCAUCUUUAACUACCAAAUGCCAAUCACCUUGGCUAAAGACAGUGUAUAUUAUAGUUCAUGUCUAAGCUUAGAAGCUUUAAAUGUAUGUUUUAAAGAAAAAAUUAGAGUGGAUUGAGUGUUUUAACUCAAUGUGUACGGUUGGACAAAUUACAUGCACAGAUGAUUGUUUAAUAUUGAGUAAUCUGAAUCCUGUAUAACUUAUUUGCACACCUUUCUUGCAUGAUGAACUGACAUUUUUAUAGUUGUUUGUACAAGACAGUGGCAUAUUUUUGUAAACAUUUUUUGACACUGAAUUGCAAUAAAUGUUUUUCCAACAACA